UCGAAAUGCAUGCUGGGAUCGCACAACUUUCAAAACAUCUGACGCGAACUUAAAGAUUAAUGUUGUUUUCUGUCGUCAGACUGGAACGCGACGCUUGUCCCUGACGUCAUCUCGCCCCUCCACAGCGCGCGGGUUGGCGGGAGAGCCGCGCAACAUGGAGGUGCCGCUGGGCAGUCUGUCUCUGCCCCCGUCCGUCAAAGUCAAACUGCUGAACACCGGUUUCCAGUCCACCGCCGACCUCCUGGACCUGAAACCGCUGCAGCUGAGCAAAGAGUCUGGGAUCUCUCAGGAGGAGGCGCUAGAAGUUCUACAGGCUGUGAGGAGAAGGGCUGAGGAGUGCGGAGAUGCAGGAGAAGGUCAGAUAACAGCCUUAGAGCUCCUAGAGAAGGAGCAGGGCAGUAUUGUGACUUUCUGCUCCCGGCUGGACUCUGCCCUGGGUGGAGGAAUUCCCCUGGGAAAAACCACCGAGAUCUGUGGACCUCCAGGAGUGGGCAAGACCCAGCUCUGUCUACAGCUGGCUAUAGACGUCCAGAUCCCGACGUGUUUUGGUGGGUUGGGAGGCCAGGUGGUGUUUUUGGAUACAGAGGGAAGUUUCAUAGUGCAGAGGUUGGUGGAUCUGGCCCAGGCUGCUGUCCAACAUUGCUCUCUGCUGGCCAAGGACAGAGAGCAGCACGAUGCCUCGAUCGACUUCACCGUGGAAACCACGCUGUCCAAUCUCUUCCUGGUGCGUUGCCAUGACUACGUGGAGCUGUUGGCUGAGGUCUACCUCCUGUCUGACUUUCUGUCUCAGCAUCCUAAGGUCCGCCUCCUCGUGAUUGACAGUAUAGCCCUCCCAUUUCGUCACGACUUUGAUGACAUGUCUCAGAGGACACGCCUCCUCAAUGGCCUUGCCCAGCAGCUCAUCCAGAUAGCAACCAACCACAAUCUGGCAGUGGUGCUGACCAAUCAGAUGACUACCAAGAUAAGUAGUAGCCAAUCAAAGCUUGUCCCUGCCCUCGGGGAGAGCUGGGGUCACGCAGCAACACAGAGGCUCCUACUGCACUGGGCCGGGACACAGAGACUAGCGUCCCUGUACAAGUCCCCGAGUCAAGUCGACAGCACAGUCCCCUACACCAUAACUUGCCAAGGGUUCAGAGACACUGAGCACUCACAGCAACCAGAGACAUCGUCAACCAGCAGCUCCAGCAACCAAUCAGGAAGCUCAGCCAGUCAGAGCAAGCGGCCCAGAGUGCAGUAGACACCCAGUAAUCAGAGCCGCUGAAACAUCGUCGCCGCCACUGAGUAAGGCCUCUUCAGCAAAGGCCUCUUCAGCAAAGGGAAGCAUCAGGCCUUUUUCAUCGUCAAAAUAACAAAUGUCUCUUUCUGUUGUGCGAUUAGCCUCUCCAAAUGCCAGAUACACAUCUUUCAUUUUAAAUUUGUGCUGAUGGUGGAAAAGGAUUUUUAAAAGUUAGCGAGUGAACUUUAUUUUAAUUACACUAAAGAGCCCAGAGAUUUAUUUUGUGCAGGGGAUUCAAGUGUUCGACAACACAAUGGGUGGGUUAUUGUUCAUUGUUAAUGGUUGUUUUUCUUUGUCGUCGGGCAUUGUGUUAUGGUUAGUUCCCGUGUUAUUGUUGGUUCCUGAGUUGUUCCGUUAUGAAUUAUGAUGAUGCAAACCUCACAUGCUGUUCAUUUUGUUGUUUGGUCUGAUUCAAAGUUGAUGUUUUGAAAGCUGAUACCUGAUAUUAAAGAAAAUAUGUUGUGUUAAUAAAGAUAGGCUAUAUUAUGUGAUAGGCUGUAGAUGUUUGGUCAACCUCAACAUUACUGGUUUUGAACAGCAGAUGGCGGCAUUACAGUGAAACGAUGCAGGGCUGGCCUUUCCCAUCAUUAUGGGUCUAUUGUUUUGGUGUUUAUUUGAUGGGAAGGUUGAAAGGUGCUGCUGUGUAAAUAUGACACACAUUAUACCAAAGAAUCAGCUCUUCUGAGAGUCCUGUCUCAAUAAAGA